UUCGCUUCACCCAGCGAAAACAAUCUUAGUACGGCUCAGGCCUUGAUCGAAUCGGGACUCAGGCUUCCCCGGUGUUGUCAAUUUUGAGCAGAAGUGUUUGAAGCGCGCGCGCACCAGAAGAAAUAAUCCGAAAAAAAUGCUUAUCUUGCUCGUGUCGGUGGUGGCAGCUUCGGUCGGCUUAGCCGUGUACGUUUAUCAGCUGUUUGCGAAUCGGUUGCACUACGCGGCGAAGAUUGGCGGUCCCAAGGGGUAUCCCAUCUUGGGGAACUCGAUCCAGUAUGGGACAAAGUCCCCGUCGGAGUUUUUGCUUGAGGUGGAGAAAAGCAACAAGGAGUGCGGGAAGUUCUAUCGGCUGUGGAUUGGGCCGGAUUUGAUUUUCCCUAUUAGUGACGCCAAAUUGGUUGAGGCGAUUCUCAGCAGUCAGAAGCUGCUGGACAAAUCGGUUCAGUACGACUUCAUUCGGCCGUGGCUGGGAAAUGGUUUGCUUACGAGUACCGGAAGGAAGUGGCAUUCCAGGAGGAAGAUCAUCACUCCGACGUUCCACUUUAAGAUUUUGGAACAGUUUGUGGAAAUUUUCGACCAACAGAGCAAUAUCUUCGUUAGUCAGUUGAAGUCUAAGGCUGUCAGUGGGGAGGACUUCGAUGUUUUUCCGGAGGUUACACUUUGCGCUCUGGAUGUGAUCUGCGAAUCCGCCAUGGGAACAAAGGUCAACGCUCAGCUCAAUUCGGACUCGAAAUACGUGAGAGCCGUGAAAGACAUGGCCACCGUUGCGAUGGCUCGCUCGUUCAAGGCGUUCGCCCGAUUCGACUUCACGUUCUUCUUCACCCCGUAUUGGGGAAUGCAAGACAAGGCGUUGAAGAUCCUGCAUGACUAUACGGACAGCGUCAUCCGUUCGCGGCGCCUAGAACUGGCCAAGGGCACCACUACGACGGCCGAUGAAAACGAGAACGAUGUGGGAAUGCGCAAGAAGGUGGCCUUCCUGGACAUGCUUCUGCAGGCCACGGUCGAUGGGAGACCUCUGAAUGACUUGGAAGUUCGUGAGGAAGUUGAUACGUUUAUGUUUGAAGGUCACGAUACGACCACUUCGGCCAUUUCGUUCCUCAUCGGAAUCUUGGGCAAGUAUCCGGACGUUCAGAAGAAGGUCUACGAUGAAGUACGAACCGUGAUUGGUGAUGACCUGAACGUGUCCGUCACGUUGUCGAUGCUAAACCAGUUGAAUUACGUGGAUUUAGUUAUCAAAGAAACUCUGAGACUGUAUCCGUCCGUGCCUAUCUUUGGUAGGAUGCUGCUGGAGAACCAGGAAAUCAACGGCAUCGUCUUCCCAGCAGGAUCGAACUUGGCCAUCUUUCCCUACUUCAUGGGUCGUGAUCCGGACUACUUCGAGAACCCGCUGGAGUUCCGGCCGGAGCGAUUUGCGGUGGAAACAUCGGCCGAGAAGACCAAUCCCUACCGGUACGUGCCGUUCAGCGCCGGACCAAGGAACUGCAUUGGACAAAAGUUUGCCGUGGCGGAAAUCAAGAGUUUGAUCAGCAAAUUGGUACGGCACUACGAGGUGUUGCCUCCGAAGCAGCCCCAACCGGAGAGGCUGAUUGCCGAAUUAGUGCUCCGGCCGGAUGGUGGCGUUCCAGUGAGGCUGAGAAGCAGGGUAAAAUAUUCCGCCUACCACUUGGUGGUACCUACUAUCUCGCUAGUACUCGCCAACCAGUCCGAUUCGGUUCUGCCUUAUGGAAUGAUGGUGAUUCUAGUGCUUCUCUCCCUAGUGAUACCACUGUUCCUGUUGUUUGCCUUCGUUCACCGAAAAUUGUUGCAAUUCCCCAAACUUGCCGGCCCACCGGAAUGGCCCAUCGUCGGAAGUGCAACGGAAAUCGUGAAUCUCAGCUCCAUUGAGAUAUUCAAGCUGCUUCGCAGAUACGCACAGCAGUAUGGAACGGCGUAUAAGCUGAGCUUUUGGUAUCAAUACACGCUGGUGUUUGCAAAACCGGACAUCGCCGAGAAAAUCCUCAACACCCAAUCGUACGCCUCCAAGUCCGAAGACUACGAUAAAGUCGCCGAGUGGAUCGGCUACGGACUGCUCAUCUCCAAGGGCGAAAAGUGGUUCAAACGACGCAAGGUCCUCACCCCGGGCUUCCACUUCAAGAUCCUCGAAAGCUUCGUGCGGGUAUUCAACGAAAAAACCGACGUCCUGUGCCGUAAACUGGCGUCCUACGGGGGCUCCGAAGUGGACGUCUUUCCAACGCUGAAGCUGUACACGUUGGACGUCCUGUGUGAAACUGCGCUCGGAUACAGCUGUAAUGCCCAGACGGAGGAUUCGUUCUACCCGGCGGCUGUCGAAGAGCUGAUGUCGAUUUUGUACUGGCGGUUCUUCAACCUGUUCGCCAGUGUGGAUACGCUGUUCCGGUUCACGAAGCAGUACAGGAGGUUCCACAAGCUCAUAGGGGAUACGCGGGAGUUUACGCUGGCAAUCAUUGAGCGGAAGCGGCAGCUGUUGAAGGAUCAACCUGAUGAGGUUAGACAGGAUGGAGAGGACACCAAUGGGAAAAAGAAGAUGGCGUUGCUGGAUCUGCUGCUGCGAGCAACUGUAGAUGGGAAACCCCUCUCGGAUGAUGACAUCCGAGAAGAGGUGGACACCUUCACGUUCGCUGGACAUGACACGACGGCGUCUGCCUUAACAUUUCUACUGUUCAACAUAGCCAAGUACCCAGAUGUUCAGCAGAAGCUGUUCGAAGAGAUAAGUAGCGUCGUUGGAUCCACCACCGAUCUCACUCUUCACACUCUCAACGAUCUGCGCUAUCUGGACUUGGUCAUCAAGGAAUCGCUCCGGUUGUACCCAUCGGUACCGAUGAUCGCCCGUAUUGCCACUGAGAAUACCCAACUGGACGACAUGCCCAUCCCAAAGGGGACCUGCGUCAGUGUCGAUAUCUUCCAAAUGCACCGUGAUCCUAGCUGUUUCGAUGAUCCGGAACGCUUCAUCCCGGAGCGGUUCAACGCCAUCAAGGAGGGCGGCAAUCACAGUUCGUUCACCUAUAUUCCGUUCAGUGCCGGAAGCAGGAAUUGUAUAGGUCAAAAGUUUGCACAAUACGAGAUUAAGAUAGCCAUUACGAAGCUGAUUCAGACCUUCCGUUUGGAGCUUCCAACGCCGGAUAUGGAACCGGUCCUGAAAGCGGAAAUCGUAUUGAAGCCUGCCGAAAAGCUGCCCAUUCGUUUCAUUACCAGAUCUAGCAAAUAGCUUCUCAGACUUUAAAACAGUAGUUAAGCAAUAAAAUGACAUGGAAACAGUUUAUUGAAUGCAAAUAAAACCCCUACGAUUUCAAAGCACAAA